AUGUCAGGUCUAGGUGGUGACUUUGCGGUGAAGUUCGCCCGCGAAACAUGGGCUCUAUAUGCCGUCGGCGUCUUGGGCGCCGUCCUGCGAUUUACCGCCCGUAUUCGACGUCUCGGCGUUCGCAGCCUCCAAGUUGAUGACUAUCUUAUGAUGUUCGCGGUGGUCUGGUACACACUAUUAUGUGUGGCUCUAAAUCAAGUCGCUUCUGGUGGAGGAUCCAAUUUGAUGACCGACGAUGACCGACGAAACUUGACGCCGAAAACCACGGCCGAGCGAAUCAGUGGCAGUAAAUGGGUCUUCGUCUCGGAACACUCCUUUGUUCUCUGUGUAUGGGGCCUCAAGGCAUGCAUGUUGGUGAUCUAUGCCCGUAUCACUGAGGGACUCAAACAAAGAAAGUGGAUUAACUACAUCGCCAUCUAUGUUGGCCUUGGAUUCAUCGCCACGGAACUAUCACUCUUCCUCAUCUGUCGCCCUAUCACACAAUACUGGGCCGUCCCAACAGACAACUAUCAAUGUUCAUCCUACCAAUACUACGAAAUUGUGCAAGGAUGCAUCUCUAUCUCCGCCGAUAUAUUCAUGCUUCUAAUCGCCAUCCCAAUGCUCGUCCAAGUCCGCGUCCCGCUUAAGCAGAAGCUGAUUCUCGUUAUCCUCUUCGGAAUGGGAGUAUUCGUCAUUGUCGCCGCCGUCCUGAACAAGGUGUACUGCCUGGUUCCCUCACUGAUUUCCUACGUCUAUAUGAACUGGUACUUCCGCGAAGCCACAGUCGCCAUCCUUGUCACCAACCUACCUUUGAUUUGGUCUCUACUGCGCGACGUAUUCCCCGCCCUCAAGAGCUGGACCGGAGGCUCCAAGCGCGGAACCGAUCGCUACAAGUCCGGGCCCUGGACCAGCAAGGGCGGCUCCAACCUACCACCAUACGGCCCACCGAGCCAUCUCCGAUCAGGCGACUUCAGCAUGCAAGACUUCCAGCGCAGUGCUACCAUUACGCCACAGAAGGCCACUGCAUCGGAUAUCAGCUUGGAACCCAGUGAGGAGCGCGAUGCCAGCAGCGACGAUGGAUCAGCACGCGCCUUGCGCAUUCGUCAAGAUAUCACGGUGACCGUGCAGCACGACUCUCGGCCGAUGGAGUAUCAAUCAAACUCCUCUCACGUCGCCCACAGGGCCCACGAGGAAGUCUAA